GGCCCGGGCCAGCGCCGGGGCCGCCGCUGCCGGAGGAGGACUGCAUGAAGCUGAACCCGUCGUUCACGGGCAUCGCGCUGCGCUCGCUGCUGGCCAUCGACCUGUGGGCCUCCAAGCGGCUCGGCGUGUGCGCCCGCGAGGGCUCGGCAUGGGGCAGCGCCCGGCCGCUCAUGAAGGUCAUCGAGGUGUCCGGCCACGGCAUCCCCUGGCUGCUCGGCACCGCCUACGGGCUCUGCCGCAGCGACAGCUCGCCUGGCCGUGAGGUGCUGCUCAACCUGCUCUUCGGACCCUCACAGGACUCCUGCCUCUUCUUUCCAAGGCAGCUGACCAUGGCAAAGAAGAGAGUUGCAAUCAUAGGAGGUGGGUCGAGUGGACUGUGCGCCAUCAAAUCCUGUUUGGAUGAGGGGAUGGAGCCUGUCUGCUUCGAGAGGACUAAUGACAUUGGAGGGCUCUGGAGGUAUGAGGAAAAUCCUGAAGAGGGCAGGGCGAGUAUCUACAAAUCAGUCAUCAUCAACACAUCUAAGGAGAUGAUGUGCUUCAGUGACUUCCCCAUCCCAGAUGAUUUCCCCAACUAUAUGCACAACUCAAAAAUCAUGGAGUAUUUCCGCAUGUACGCCAAGCACUUUGACCUUCUGAACUAUGUCCGUUUCAAGACCAGUGUGUGCCAUGUGACAAGACGUCCAGAUUUCUCUACAACAGGACAGUGGGAUGUUGUCACGGAGACAGAUGGGAAGCAGGAGUCAUCCAUCUUUGACGGGAUCUUGGUUUGCUCUGGUCACCACACUUAUGCCCAUUUGCCACUACACACCUUCCCAGGGAUUGAAAAGUUCAGAGGUUGCUACUUGCACAGCCGCGAAUACAAGAACCCCCAAGAGUUCUCAGAUAAGAGAGUCAUUGUGAUUGGCAUUGGGAAUUCAGGAGGUGACCUGGCCGUGGAGAUCAGCCACACAGCCAAACAGUGCCUUGUGGGAAGAACCCAGAACUUCAUAGCCAGGCAUGAACCUGCACGUGGCUGGAAAAACAUUUUGCCAAGAAAGGAAUCACAACAGUGUUUAAAAAGAUGCAAGGAAUUUCUGUGUCUGGGGGACAGCAUUGACUUCAAUAUUGGUGCAAAAGAGGAAGAAAUUGCUGAGGAAAUAAAUACAAAGGUUUUCCUCAGCACCAGGAGGGGAGCAUGGAUAUUAAAUCGUGUUGGAGAUGAAGGCUACCCAAUGGAUAUCGUGCUCAGUACUCGUCUGAAUGCUGUCCUCAACAAAUUCUUGGCCACAUCCAUGGUUAACAAAUGGGCAGAAAAGAGAUUAAAUGCCAGAUUCAGUCACUCACACUAUGGUCUACAGCCUACACACAGGAUUCUCAACCAGCAUCCAACUGUCAAUGAUGACCUGCCAAACCGUAUCAUCUCUGGCAAAGUGCUAGUGAAACCAAACGUGAGCGAGUUCACUGAAACUGCUGCUAUCUUCGAAGAUGGUACCAAAGAAGACAACAUUGAUGCGGUUGUUUUUGCUACAGGAUACAGCUUCUCCUUCCCUUUCCUUGAGAGCUGUGUCGAAGUGGUCAAUAACCAGAUCUCUCUGUAUAAGUUUGUCUUUCCGCCUCACCUGGAGAAACCAACACUGGCUUUCAUUGGCCUUGUCCAGCCACUAGGGGCCAUCAUGCCUAUCUCGGAGCUCCAGUGUCGUUGGGCCACACGUGUGUUCAAGGGACUGAACUCACUUCCAUCUAUGAGUGACAUGAUGGCUGAUAUUACCCAGAAGAAAGAGGAAAUGGCAAAACGGUAUGUGAAGAGCCCACGCCACACCAUCCAAGUUGAUUUUGUUCAAUACAUGGAUGAAAUUGCCAGCCUGACAGGGGUCAAGCCCAACGUACUGUCUCUCUUUCUAACGGAUCCUAAGCUAGCCAUGGAGGUUUUCUUUGGCCCAUGCACACCGUACCAGUACCGCCUGAGUGGGCCAGGGAAGUGGGAUGGAGCCAGAAGAGCCAUCGUGACUCAAAAAGAGCGGAUCAUCAGGCCCAUGAAAACCAGAAGUAUAGGGGAUUCUACCAGCUAUUCCUCAGUACCCUUUUUACUUAAGAUUGUUUGUGUUGUUGCUCUCUUUGCAGUAAUUCUUGCUUACUUUUAACUGCUUAUCUUCUGCCUUGUUGCAUAUGAAAAAGGGAUUGUGUUAAACUUGAACUUCUGGAUCUCUGUUGGUUUAUAACUUUACCUCUGCCACUUGAGCUCGUGCCCUUCCUUGUUUGACAUGGCUGCUCAAAACUGUUUUGACUAGGACCACUCUUCUUGUAUAAGAAUUGAGGUCUUUGGUUCUGAUAAAUAUUUCUUUGAUCAGUAGCAAAAAAAAAUGUAUCUCAGCAUGAGACUGAUGUCAGUGUCAGUUAAAAAAAUAUCCAUUGCUUAUCACGUUUCUGGAAAAUCACCCUUUGACCCUAUUGCACACUGCUGAUGUACUGAAAGCAAGGCCCUAGUUUAGGCUGACUUUUUUUUUCUCUGAAUGCAGAAAUUCAAUCCCUUUGUUAUAUAUGAUUUGUAGCACUUAACUCCCAGGAGCACAGAAUUAUUUUUUUCUGGAAAUUGGCAAGGGAAUCUGGUACGUAAUUGAUUUUCAGCUCAAACUAUUAUCUUAAAAAACAAUCCUUUAAAAUGUGCUUGUCGGGCUUUUCUCUUCAUCCAAAAUGAUCUUCAUGCUGGAAUAAAGCAAGCACUUGGGACUUUCGAUAGAGCUAAAAAUAAUUGAAAACUUGAGUGAAAGCUAUAUGUGAAGAAACAAGGUGGGAAUUAAGUCAAGUUAUUAACUAUUGCGGUACCUGAUUAUUAUGAUUCUACAGCCUACAGACAAACCCUGGCCAUCAACUCAAGAAAUUUUAAUUUGAGCCUUUGUGACGUUAGCCAAAACUCAACUAAUCACCUGAAAUAGGCAGAAUAACUAAAAGUGUGAUUUCUAAGAACUGUAUUUGUAAAUUUGUCAAAGGUUUCCACCGCCUUCAAGAGCAGCUCUUCUCUCUUUUUGUAUACAUGUGAAUAAAUAUAAAAACAU